AUGUCGGAAAUUACCUUGGGAAGAUAUCUCUUCGAGAGAUUAAACCAGCUUAAGGUGCAGACCAUUUUUGGAGUCCCCGGAGACUUCAACUUGUCGCUCCUCGACAAAGUGUACGAAGUCGACGGCUUGAGAUGGGCCGGUAAUGCCAAUGAGUUAAAUGCUGCAUAUGCCGCCGACGGGUACUCGCGGGUCAAAGGCUUGGGUGUCAUUGUCACCACUUUCGGCGUUGGAGAGUUGUCCGCUUUGAAUGGAAUCGGUGGAGCGUACGCCGAACACGUGGGCUUGUUGCACGUCGUUGGUGUGCCUUCCAUCUCUUCUCAGGCGAAGCAGUUGUUGUUGCACCACACCUUGGGAAACGGCGACUUCACCGUGUUCCACAGAAUGUCGAACAAUAUCUCCCAGACAACGUCGUUCAUUUCGGACAUCAGCUCUGCCCCUGCUGAAAUCGACCGUUGUAUCAGAGAGGCCUACGUGCACCAAAGGCCCGUGUAUUUGGGCUUGCCUGCCAAUUUGGUGGACUUGAAUGUGCCGGCCUCGUUAUUGCACACUCCAAUCGACUUGUCCUUGAAGCCUAACGACGCCGACGCACAGGCAGAGGUCAUCGAGACAGUCCUCAAGUUGAUCGAGCUGGCCUCGAACCCCGUGAUCUUGGUCGACGCUUGUGCAUCCAGACACAGCUGCAAGAAAGAGGUGGAGCAAUUGGUCAGAAAGACCAACUUCCCUGUGUUCACCACCCCGAUGGGCAAAUCCUCGGUCAAUGAAUCCGACCCCCGUUUUGGUGGUGUGUAUGUCGGCUCGCUCUCGGAGCCCACAGUCAAAGAGGCUGUGGAAUCGGCUGAUUUGGUCUUGUCCGUGGGCGCCAUGUUGUCCGACUUCAACACCGGCUCUUUCUCCUAUUCCUACAAGACCAAGAACAUCAUCGAGUUCCACUCUGAUUACACCAAAAUCAGACAAGCCACGUUCCCCGGCGUGCAGAUGAAGGAAGCAUUGGCAGCCUUGUUGGACGUGGUUGCCAAUCAUGUGACCCACUACAAGGAGGUUGCUGUGCCUCCCGCACCCAAGACCGAAUACCUCGAUGGCGACAGUGCCAUCAGUCAGGAGUGGUUGUGGUCCAGAGUGUCAUCAUGGUUCAGAGAAGGUGACAUUAUUAUCACAGAGACUGGUACCUCUGCCUUUGGUAUCGUGCAGUCCAGGUUCCCCAAUGACACCAUUGGAAUCUCGCAGGUCUUGUGGGGCUCCAUCGGCUUCACUGUCGGUGCCACGCUUGGAGCUGUCAUGGCUGCACAGGAAAUUGACCCAAAGAAGAGAGUCAUCUUGUUUGUCGGUGACGGGUCCUUGCAGUUGACUGUCCAAGAGAUCUCCACCAUGUGCAAGUGGGAGACCACGCCAUACUUGUUUGUGUUGAACAACGACGGGUACACGAUUGAGAGGUUGAUUCACGGUGAGACCGCCUCGUACAACGACAUCCAGCCAUGGCAAAACUUGCAAUUGCUCCCUGUCUUUGGUGCAAAGAACUACGAAGCCAUUCGUGUCUCCACGGUCGACGAGAUCAACAGGUUGUUUAGUGAUGCGGCUUUCAACGAAAAUUCCAAGAUCAGAAUGGUCGAGGUCAUGUUGCCCAGAAUGGACGCCCCAAUCAGUUUGGUGAAACAGGCCGAGAUGAGUUCUAAGAUCAACUCGUCGAACUAA